AUGGCAGUUGAACAAACUGCGCAGGGGGGUACAAUGUCUGGGCCAAUCGACAUCAUCACCCUUGUGCCUCGCCUCGUUCCGUACCUGUCCACCGCACUCCUUGCUCUGUUCCUGUGGUUUUCAUUUGAAACUCCGAAAACUGCCAAUUUCCCGUUGCUGAAUAAGAAAAAAGAAGACUUCGACAUUGCUGGCAUCGACUUGGUGCGAAACUGGUUGAAGAAGAACGGGGAUCAGGCAGUCAAUGUCACGUCGGACGCGGGACCUUUCACCAUUCUCCCAUCCAAGUAUGCCCACGAGCUCCGCGAUAGGCCUGAGCUUAACUUUGCCACCCUCAAUUAUAAGAAAUUCCAUGGAGGUCUACCUGGGUUCGAAGCGUUUCGCGAGGGAACCCGUCCAAUUAGUGCUAUAGUAGUGAACACGUACAUGACGCGAAGCCUAGCGAGGGUCAUUAAACCAGUGGCCGAGGAGGUCAACAUCGCCUUACGAGAGCUAUACACAGAAAGCACAGAUUGGCGGGAGAUCGCGCCGGGAGACCUCAACAUGCUGGUCACUACGCGCGCCACCGCCCGAAUCUUCCUUGGGGAAGGGGUGUGCCGGGACAUGGACUGGGUGAAAACCACCUGUGAAUACGCUGGAGCUAUAUUUGUUGCCGCCGAUAAGCUCCGCAAAUGGCCGCCAAUCCUGCGACCUAUUGUACACUGGUUCAUCCCAGCCUGUCAACACACCCGCUCCGUCAUGAAACGAGCCCGCAAAAUCAUACAGCCUGUGUUAGAGAAGCGACAGGAGUUAAUUGCGGAGGGCAAGUCAGCGACAUCGUUCAACGACGGCGCGCAAUGGUACGAGCAGGCUUCAAAGGAUGGUCAACUUGAAUAUGAUCCGGUUGCCGCACAGCUGUUCUUGGCUGUGGGGUCAAAUCACUCCACGGCAGACCUGUUGACACAAAUCAUGCUACAGAUUGCACUCCAUCCAGAGUAUGUCGAGCCUCUCUGUGAGGAAAUCACGACAACCAUUCUGCGGGACGGAUGGACUCACAACGCACUCUUGAAGAUGGGCCUGAUGGAUAGCUUUAUGAAGGAGAGCCAGCGAGUCAAACCUGUCGAUCUUUUCACGAUGCGCCGCCUCGUCACCAAGGACAUGACGUUAUCGGACGGAGUAUUCUUCCCCAAGUCAGCUAUGCUGUCAAUUUCCGCCUUGAGGAUGUGGGAUGGCACGGUGCACGAAGAUCCGGACGAGUUCGACGGCUACCGAUGGCUGCGCAUGCGCCAGAAGGACCCAAGCAAGGAAAGCUAUGCACAAUUUGUGGCAGUGACCCCUGAUCACAUGGGGUUCGGCUUUGGCGAGCAUUCUUGUCCGGGAAGAUUCUUCGCAUCCAACGUGAUAAAGACCAUGCUCUCGCACCUCCUGCUCCAGUACGAAUGGAAAUUGGCUGAGCCAUCCCGCCCAAUAAAACACCAGGAAUGGGGUGGAACACUUCGGGUGGAUCCAGAGCUUCGUCUCUUAGUACGUAAGAGGGUAAACAGUAUCAAGAUUUAA